UGGGGUGUUGGCAUUUAGUGGUCAAUUGUACUGUGCAAUCUACUAAUAAAAGUUUCAAUCAAUCAAUCAAUCAACCAGUCUACAUGUGCUUUGCGGACUUGGAGAAGGCGUUUGACCUUGUCCCCCGGGAAGUCCUGAGGGGAGUGCUCAGAGAGUAUGGGGUAUCGGACUGUCUGAUUGUGGCGGUCCGCUCCCUGUAUGAUCAGUGCCAGAGCUUGGUCCGCAUUGCCGGUAGUAAGUCGGACCUGUUUCCAGUGAGGGUUGGACUCCGCCAAGGCUCAUCCAUUCUGUUCAUAACUUUUAUGGACAGAAUUACUAGGCACAGUCAGGGCUUUGAGGGGAUCCGGUUUAGUGGCGGCAGGAUUAGGUCUCUGCAGAUGAUGUGGUCCUGAUGGCCAGGGUCUUCAGCUCUCACCGGAUCGGUUCGCAGCCGAGUGUGAAGCGACUGGGAUGAGAAUCAGCACCUACAAGUCCGAGUCCAUGGUUCUCGCCCGGAAAAGGGUGGAGUUCCUAUUCCGGGUUGGGGAGGAGACCCUGGCCCAAGUGGAGGAGUUCAAGUACCUGGGAGUCUUGUUCACGAGUGAGGGAAGAGUGGAUCGUGAGAUGACCAUGUGGUGAAGAAGGAGCUGAGGCGGAAGGCAAAGCUCUCAAUUUACCGGUGGAUCUCAAUCAAUCAAUCAAUCAAUCAAUGUUUAUUUAUAUAGCCCCAAAUCACAAAUGUCUCAAAGGACUGCACAAAUCAUUACGACUACAACAUCCUCGGAAGAACCCACAAAAGGGCAAGGAAAACUCACACCCAGUGGGCAGGGAGAAUUCACAUCCAGUGGGACGCCAGUGACAAUGAGAAACCUUGGAGAGGACCUCAGAUGUGGGCAACCCCCCCCCCUCUAGGGGACCGAAAGCAAUGGAUGUCGAGCGGGUCUAACAUGAUACUGUGAAAGUUCAAUCCAUAGUGGCUCCAACACAGCCGCGAGAGUUCAGUUCAAGCGGAUCCAAGACAGCAGCGAGAGUCCCGUCCACAGGAGACCAUCUCAAGCGGAGGCGGAUCAGCAGCGUAGAGAUGUCCCCAACCGAUACAGGCGAGCGGUCCAUCCUGGGUCUCGACUCUGGACUGCCAGUACUUCAUCCAUGGUCAUCGGACCGGACCCCCUCCACAAGGGAGGGGGGGACAUAUCGUCACAAGCUUUGGGUUAUGACCGAAAGGACAAGAUCACGGAUACAAGCGGCCCGAAUGAGUUUGGGUCUCCCCCUUAGAGAUAGGGUGAGAAGCUCUGCCAUCCGGGAGGAGCUCAAAGUAAAGCCGCUGCUCCUCCACAUGGAGAGGAGCCAGAUGAGGUGGUUCGGGCACCUGGUCAGGAUGCUACCCGAACGCCUAGAGCACGUCCGAUCAGUAGAGGCCACGAGUAAGACCCAGGACACGUUGGGAAGACUAUGUCUCCUGGCUGGCCUUGGAACGCCUCGGGAUCCCCGAGAGGAGCUGGAGCAAGUGGCCUUUGAGAGGGAAGUCUGGGCUUCCCUCCUUAGGCUGCUGCCCCCGCGACCCUACUUUGGAUAAGCAGAAGAAGAUGGAUGGUUGGAUAUACUGUAAGAAUCUGAUAAUAUUACACAAAUGCCUAUGCAUUUGAUCAUUGUAUUUUUUUUCACGUACUGUCGACUGGCAGCUCAGUUGUGGUACAAUCUUUAUGAAUAAGUUUGUACCUUGUAUUACUGGACAGGGAAAAUUGGUACCACUGUUUUGUUCACGGUUAGAUAUACUGGACAGUUUUUUCUAACCUUUUCAUCUACGGUUGUUUAUGAAGUUUAUUGCUUUCACGUAAAGACGAAGUGGAGGCACGUACGUGGACUUGAUGGUGAUGCAACGCUCCUGCUCGUCCUUGCGCGUGUCCGUGAAGCGAGUCUCUCCGGCACGCGACGAGGCGAUGAUGCCCGCCUUGGACACCAGCGAGUCCGUCAGCGUGGACUUGCCGUGGUCCACGUGGGCAAUCACGGACAUGUUCCUUAUGUUGGACUUCUUGUCCAUGAUGGCUCGGAUCUGAUCCACAGUGAAGUUCACCUGGCGGGAGGGGGGAGAGGGAGAGCCGUGGUGACAUGAAGGGCGAGAUUAGGCGCACCUGAAUCUGGGACCUCUUAGUCCGCGCGGCCUCGGUCUGCAACAUUUGCCAGCAGCGUUAUAAAAAGAAAGUCAUUUAGAAACUGGAUCCUUCACGACCGAGCCAAAUAUUUGAUAUUCGCCUACAAGCUGCAGACUUCUGUUUCCUCAGCAACGAUGCAGCAAUAUUUCAAGCAGAGAGAUUACAUCAGUGGUGUGCAGACUUUUUUUUCGUACUGAAUAAGGAAAUAAUGUGCGGGAAUAAACACAUUCAAUGAUCAUCAGCAAAUGUUCAUACAAAUAUGGUUUUCUUAGCUUUUGUGCUACAUGUGACCAAGCAAAUAGUUGCUAGUGUCUCUCGUUUAUCGUUAUUAUUUAUAAACUAAAUAUUUUAAAUAUGAAGCAAAAAAAUAUAUUUAUUUAAAGGAGCCAUAUGUAAUAAUUUCAUGUCAAGUCAUCAUUAAAUGUCCCUGAUAUGUCAAAAGGCAUUAAUAAAUCAUCUUCUUUUCCAAUACCUAUAUAACUGAUAACAGUAGUUCAUAAGCUAAUUUCCAAAUUAGAUUUACAGCCCCGAAAUCUUAUUGUUUUCAUAUCGAUGCCCCGACCUCCACCAUUUGGCCAUCUUGGUCUGGCUACGGCCACUGGUAAAGUUACUAAACAUGCCGGACCUUAGUCCAUCUAAAAGUUACCAUUCUCAACUUAUUCAUGACAGAGCCAGGAACAAGACCAGGAUUCCUAUCGGGGAUGCCUUUGAGAGAUGGCGACCAUUGAAGACGCCAAACUUGCUCAUUUCCUCCUUGAUAGGAGCCUUUGGUCCACGUCUCAGCGGCUCCUUGGAUUAAUGACGCAGAACCCAGACCAGGUGAAAGGUGGGAUGGAUCUUUUUGACCUUUUGUUCAGGGCCAAAGAUGAAAGCCCCAGUUGCCAAGGCAACCCCUCGUGGACCAUCACCAUGUACGAUCAGACUCUGAACCCGGGGGAAAAAGACGCGGAUGACUUUUUGGACGCCCUGCUGGCUGGAAGCGAGUCCUCCUCAGCCCGGACCUCCCCCCUGUGGUCGUCCCCCUGCACGCCUGACAGCGAGACGUGCGAGGACCCCCCGGCCCACAGCCCCCCGAUGUCCGCCACCUUUGCAGCCUGGGAGGCACACGCGCAGUCACUCGCUCCUCCGCUACUUCCACCUUGCAAGCGUGAAAACGGGACCGCGUCUGAUGCUGCCAUUGAUCUGGGCUGGGAGUCCGGCGGCCUCCAGGAGCAGCUGGGGAUGGCGUGCCACCUCUCCUCCAGUCAGACUUGUGCAGGCUCGUCCAGUCAGACCGUCACAGUCAAGGACUUGCUCAUGUCCAACCUGGGACAGAAAAUCAUUCCCCAGCAUGCACUGCAAGAACUCGUGCUUAAUGAGGAUGAAAAGAAACUUCUGGCAAAGGAAGGCAUCAACUUGCCCAGCCGACUGCCUCUGUCUAAGCUGGAAGAGCGCGUUCUGAAGAAGAUCCGGCGGAAAAUCCGCAACAAGCGCUCGGCUCAGGAGAGCCGCAAAAAGAAGAGGGAAUACGUGGACAGUCUGGAGGAACGAAUGUCCGCAUGCAGCGCUCACAACCUGCAGCUGCAGAGAAAGAUCCAGCAACUGGAGGAGACAAACAAUGCCUUGUUGGAACACCUGAGCCAGCUUCAUACUAUGCUCCCCACCAGCUCCCACAAACCCACACAGAGAGGAACCUGCCUCUUGGUUCUGCUCCUCUCUUUCUCGCUCAUCAUUUCUUCAAACAUGAAGCCCGAUCCGUACAGCCGAGCCAGCCCAGGCGAGUACGCCGAGACCUCGGUGCCGUCACGUUCCUUGCACUCGCUCGACCGGGCCGAGGCGGUGGCUUCCCCGCCUCCUCUCUCCUCGGUCUCAGGGACCCUCUGUGGUCUGAUGGAGAGUCUUCUGAAGCACCAUCCCUCCGCUGACGCUCACAGUCGGGCCGGCGACCGCUGAUGUCGGCCAACUGCCCCAAGUGGAAAGACAAAGCAAAGGUCGAGAAUGAGCUGCCUGAUUGCUUUUCAGGGGCCUUUUGUCACUGCGGACACGGACUGGGGGCGCAUCAAGCGGUUCUUGGAACCCACAAACACAGUCUGCCGCUUCCCAGAGGCCACAUAUGCAGAUGUCUCCUGCGUCCUGGCGGUGAAUCUGUAUGAUCCAUGGAGAAGAACUCUUAUCUAUAUCAGCUCUGCUCGAGAUGAUCUCCUGCUGGACCCAAUAUGGACUGGACUCUCACUAUUAUGUUAGAUCCACUAUGGACUGGACUCUCACUAUUAUGUUAGAUCCACUAUGGACUGGACUCUCAAUAUUAUGUUAGAUCCACUGUGGACUGGACUCUCACUAUUAUGUUAGAUCCACUAUGGACCGGACUCUCACACUAUUAUGUUAGAUCAACUAUGGACUGGACUCUCACUAUUAUGUUAAAUCCACUAUGGACUGGACUCUCAAUAUUAUGUUAGAUCCACUGUGGACUGGACUCUCACUAUUAUGUUAGAUCCACUAUGGACUGGACUCUCACACUAUUAUCUUAGAUCCACUAUGAACUGGACUCUCACUAUUAUGUUGGAUCCACUAUGGACUGGACUCUCACACUAUUAUCUUAGAUCCACUAUGAACUGGACUCUCACUAUUAUGUUGGAUCCACAAUGGACUGGACUCUCACAUUAUUAUGUUAGAUCCACUACGGACUGGACUCCCACACUAUUAUGUUAGAUCCACUAUGGACUGGACUCUCACUGUUAUGUUAGAUCCACUAUGGACUGAACUCUCACACUAUUAUGAUAGAUCCACUGUGGACUGGACUCUCACUAUUAUGUUAGAUCCACUAUGGACUGGACUCUCACUAUUAUGUUAGAUCAACUAUGGACUGGAUUGCACACUAUUAUGUUAGAUCCACUAUGGACUGGACUCUCACUAUUAUGUUAGAUCCACUAUGGACUGGACUCUCACACUAUUAUGUUAGAUCCACUAUGGACUGGACUCUCACUAUUAUGUUAGAUACACUAUGGACUGGACUCUCCCUAUUAUGUUAGAUCCACUAUGGACUGGACUCUCACUAUUAUAUUAGAUCCACUAUGGACUGGACUCUCACUAUUAUGUUAGAUUCACUAUGGACUGGACUCUCACUAUUAUGUUAGAUCCACUAUGGACUGGACUCUCACACUAUUAUGUUAGAUCCACUAUGGACUGGACUCUCACUAUUAUGUUAGAUCCACUAUGGACUGGACUCUCACUAUUAUGUUGGAUCCACUAUGGACUGGACUCUCACUAUUAUGUUAGAUCCACUAUGGACUGGCCUCUCACUAUUAUGUUAGAUCCACUAUGGACUGGACUCUCACACUAUUAUGUUAGAUCCACUAUGGACUGGACUCUCACACUAUUAUGUUAGAUCCACUAUGGACUGGACUCUCACACUAUUAUGUUAGAUCCACUAUGGACUGGACUCUCACACUAUUAUGUUAGAACUACACUUUUUGGGGAAUUUUGCCUAUCGUUCACAAUCAUCAUGAAAGACAAAAACAUACAUCUUUUAUUUUAUUUUUUUUAGGAUUUUAAGAAUGAUAAAAAAAAAAACUUUCAAGAUGAAACUAAUAGGAGUCACCUUCGAAGUUUCUACAAAAAAAACCUUCAAAACCCUCCAUCUGGUUUUGGGUUUUGAGUCUUUUGUGUUUCUUGUUUAUUGUUUGACUCUUCCGAUUCUUCGUUUGUGCACGUCCUUGUUUGUUGUUGUUGCCAUGGUUUCUGAUCCGUCCCACCUGCCUUCGUUAGCACACCUUGCUAAUCAUCAGGGACUCUAUUUACCCUGCCUGUUUCAUUUCCUCGUCCUCGUCUCCUCCAGUUUAGUACACGCAAUCGGCGACUUCGUGGACUCCCUGCUCUGGUAAAACUCUGUUUUGGUACUCGCUAGCUUCCACGCUUAGCCCCUCGUGUUUUCUAGCUCAUAUGCUAGUUCUUUGUUUUUCCUGUCUUGCCUCCUGCAACUGUUUUGUUUGUUUCCCUAGCUCACAUGCUAGUAGAUCUUUGUUUGCCUUUUCUGCCUUAGCACCAGUGUUUCUGUUCCUAGCCUGUUUUAGUUUAAAUAAAUCUUUAUUUCUUA